UUUUUAUUUUAUUUUAAAUAAAAAUUAAAAUGUCCGUUGAUCCUUCUUCAGCGACGGUCGAACUUGCGGCUGACUCUGCGUCCACUCUGACUGCCACUCCGACUGCCACUGGGACUGCCACUGCUACUGCCACUGCUACUACUGCUACUGGGACUGCGACGGCUGCAGUGGACGCGACGCUCGACUCGUCCUGGUACGCGGAAACCUACCCCGUCCCGGAGGUCCACGAAGCCUUCCUCUACGCGCUGGUCGAGCAGGCCAAGGACUAUGCGCUCACGCAUGGCAUCGUCAUGACGCCAAAGCUCGUCAUGGCCAUGGCGCACGCAGAGUCAGCCACCGCCAGAGCGUCGUCGGCCUCAUCUGCUGCAGGCGCCGCGCAGAGCAAGUCCGCUGCAAGCGGCGGCCAUCCCAGUUCUGCUUCAGGAAGCGGAUCGAGCAGCGUCGGUGGCGGCGGCGCGGCGGGCGGAUCGGCGAGUGCCGCCUCGGUUGCUGGGCGCCCGGGCGGCGGCGUCUCAGUCACUGCGACAGUCACACAUGCGCCAUUCACCUUGUUCCCGUCGCCAAUCCCGGCUGCAGAGCUCAAGCGGGCACAGGCGCUCCAGCCGCACUUUAACGAGCUCAUUCACCGGGUGAGCCAGAGUCCCGAGUUUCUCGCUUCCACCCUCGCAGAGGCUGCGGAGAGCGACGUCUUCACUGCACACUUGCUGAGCAUUCUGAAGACGGUGAGUGCAGAGGAGAAGACCCAAAAGGUCGUUCUCGGCAUCCAUCGCGCCGAUUACAUGCUUCACGCCGACGCCUCGCUUCAAAGCGUUGCUGCCAAUGAUGAUGGCGAGGAAGUUGCCUCCGCUGCCGCCGCAGACGACGCCGCGGCAGGCGAUGCAGUCCACGCACAGAAGCGCAGGCGCGUGGAUCGCGAGGGUGACGCCGCGAACGAUCAGUCCGACUCGGUCGCCACGGCUGUCUCCACCCUGCCCGACGCCCGCCAUCGUUCCUCGACCUCCAAGACACCACGACUCAAGCAGGUUGAAAUCAACACGAUUGCCGCGUCCUUCGGCGGUCUUGGCUCCAUCACCACACGCAUGCACGAGUACAUCAUGUCACGGCACAACUUUAAGAGUGAAAAUCUGGCAUUGCCCGAGAACGUUGCGCUGGCCAAGUUGGCGGAAGGCAUGGCGCAGGCCUGGCGUCUCUACAACAAACCGGGCGCCGUCAUCAUGAUGGUGGUGCAGCCUGGUGAGCACAACUCGUACGACCAGCGCUGGAUGGAGCACACGCUCUGGGAGCGGUACCACGUCAAGAUGAUCCGUCAGACGCUCACAGAGAUUUACACGUACGCAAUCCUGGACGACGUUGAAAAGGCACUCUGGGUGGAUGCAAGGGAGGUUGCCGUGGCCUACUUCCGUGCCGGCUACUCGCCGCUGGACUACCCGACCGAAGACGAGUGGGACGGCCGACUCCUGAUUGAGCGCUCGCGUGCCAUCAAGUGCCCCAACAUUGGCUACCACCUUGCGGGCACCAAGAAGGUGCAGCAGGCUCUCUCCACCCACGAGGCGCUGGCGCAGUUCAUCUCCGACCCGGAGGUCAUUUCAGACAUGCUGAGCGUUUUCAUGGGCUUGUACUCGCUCUCUCCUCACGAGAAUGGCGACGCCAUUGUCAAAACCGCCAUCGAGCAGCCGCACAAGUUUGUCCUCAAGCCCCAGCGCGAAGGCGGCGGUAACAACCUGUACGGCGAGGAUUUGCAGCGCGCUCUGACCGUCAUGACCGCCCAGCAACGCUCUGCCCACAUCCUGAUGGACCGAAUCACUCCUCCCAAGGUUGCCAACUACAUUGUGCGACACGGCCUGGCUCAGCGCGGCGAGAUUGUGAGCGAGCUCGGCAUUUACGGCGUGUUUAUUGCCGACGACAGCCGUAUUAUCAAGAACGAAGCUGCCGGUCACUUGCUGCGUUCCAAGCUUGCGUCCUUUGACGAUGGUGGCGUUGCAGCUGGUGUCGCUGCUCUUGACAGUCCUUUCCCUGUUUAAGGGACCAAAGAGUUGGUUGUUUUUGAGACGGCACUGAUUUUGGCGUUGAGAAACAUUUUGUCAGCUCGGUGAAACUCGCUGUUGAUGGAAGUUGGAUUGUAUUGAUGUCUUGCGUGUAGUUUACUGUUCUUUGUUGGUGACGGUGCGGAAAUACACUUUUUUGUCGUAGAACAGGACAACCCAAA